UUGCUCUUGCUUUUUGAUGUUCUGCAGGCCCGCAACUCCCAAGCACGGGAUGAGGGGGGAGAAUGCCACCAAGGUCAGCAUGUUCCUCCUGGUGGGCUUCCCCACGGCCCCUGGGCUGCAGUAUGUGCUCUUCCUCCUCUUUCUGCUCACCUACCUCUUUGUGCUGGUGGAGAACCUGACCAUCAUCCUCACCGUCUGGAGCAGCACCUCUCUCCACAGGCCCAUGUAUUACUUCCUGAGCUCCAUGUCUUUCUUGGAGAUCUGGUAUGUGUCUGACAUCAUCCCCAAGAUGCUGGACAGCUUCCUCCUCCAGCGGAAACGCAUCUCUUUUGUUGGGUGCAUGACUCAGCUCUACUUCUUCAGUUCCCUGGUAUGCACUGAGUGUGUGCUCCUGGCCUCCAUGGCCUAUGACCGCUAUGUGGCCAUCUGCCACCCACUGCGCUACCAUGUCAUCAUGACCACAGGACUAUGUGUCCAGCUGGUGGGAUUCUCCUUUGUGAGUGGCUUCACCAUCUCCAUGAUCAAAGUCUAUUUUAUCUCCAGUGCCACAUUCUGUGGCUCCAACAUCUUGAACCACUUCUUCUGUGACAUUUCCCCCAUCCUCAAGCUGGCCUGCACAGACUUCUCCACUGCAGAGCUGGUGGAUUUCAUCCUGGCCUUCAUUAUCCUAGUGUUCCCGCUGCUGGCCACUGUGCUGUCCUAUGGACACAUCACCCUGGCUGUCCUGAGCAUCCCCUCAGCCACUGGUCGCUGGAGAGCCUUCUCCACCUGCACCUCCCACCUCACUGUGGUCACCAUCUUCUACAUGGCCAUGAUCUUCAUGUAUGUCCGACCCCAGGCCAUUGAUUCCUGGAGCUCCAAUAAGCUCAUCUCUGCUGUGUACACUGUCCUCACGCCAAUGAUGAACCCUUUGAUUUAUUGCCUGAGGAACAAAGAAUUUAACGAUGCCGUAAAAAGGGCCUUGGGCUUGGGUCAAGCUUCACAGUAGAAUAAUGAAGAGUCCUAGAAUAUAAUUUGUGUUGAUAAAACAACAUUGUAUAUGGCAUUUUGUGCUUUUUAAUUUUUAAAUGAAAUUAAACAUAUCUACA